CAACAAGGCAGCUCCCAGAUGGCGAUUAAACAGGAGCAUCACAGCCUGGAAGCUGUGGAGAGAGAAGGGCAGCUCAGGUCCAGAGAAUGAGCCCAAUGCCAGCAAGUUUUCUGGGCAGUGCCCUCCGGGGCACUUUUUUCUUGGCCUUUGGCCUGUGGUGGUCAGUGCGGUACCCCCUGAAGUACCUGAACAGGAAAGGCGCUGUCGAGGGCCAGCCGGGCCGGGGGCGCGCAGAGCUCUUCGAAGGCGCGGUCAAAGCUUUCUUUGCUCUCGUAGGGAUACUGGUGGAGCAAUUUGUGCCCUCUGGUCCCCACCUGCAGCUGUACAGCCCCAAGACACACAGCUGGACUGACCUCACCCACUGGCACUACUCCACCAUCUACCUCUUCUUCCUCCUCUCCGGCAUCACCGACGUGGUCUCUCACUCCCCGCUUAAGCUGCCCCCUGGUUUGGAGCGGCUCUCGCUGACCCUGGCUCUGCUUGUGGAAGGUUUGCUCUUCUGUUUCCGUGACUACAGUGAUGCUGUGCUGGACCAACACCUCCACUCCCUGUUGGUCAUGGCUAUCUUUGCUGGAGCUCUCUGUGCCUUCCUAGAGGUGUUCCUCCAAGACCAUAUCAUCCUGGAGACCUUCAGGACCAGCACCUUCCUUCUCCAGGGCUCUUGGCUUUGGCAGAUCGGGUUUGUGCUGUCCCCUCCAUGGGGAGGACCAGGCUGGGAUGACAGUGACUCCAGCAACCUCUUGUUCCUCACCAUGUGCUUCUGCUGGCACUACAUCGGUGCUCUCGUUGUUGUGGCCACCAACGCUGUUGCAUCCCGCUGCUGCAAUGAGUCCUGCCAGCUGAAAUUUGGGGACAUCGACGUGGAGUUGGACUGUGGCUUGUGCCUCCGCAGAGGGAAGAAGAGCUCCAGUGGCGCCUUGCUGCCAGAGAGCAGCUCGGAUGACAAAUGAGGCUGUGAUGGGCUUGGAAAUCUCUUCCCUGGUGGUUUAGAGCUCUUGAGAUGAGGUGUUUAAUUAACUACAGCAGCACUUGACAGUUGAGCAUCAGAAGUAGGAGGCGGGACCGCAAGGCAGAGUGUGGCAGGGGAUGCAAAGACUUUCCUUGUGCAUCCCUGUGGUAGCCACGAGUUCUUAAUUCUCUGAGCUGCAGCUUAGGCUGCAGACUGCAGGACUGGUUUGCUGUUGGAGUCCAACUGAUGUGGCAAAUCUGACUAUUCUUUUUAACAUUUUCCCUUCUGCUUCCUCAGAAGGGAGGCAAGCUAGUGUUCAAAGCUCCUGGUGGCUGUCGCUCACUCUGGUGUUAAUGGAGAGGGUUUUGUACAACGCUGAAUGUACAGAGUAUCUGUGAUCACCAAUAAAGUGCUUUAACACAUCUCCUCCAUGGAUCUCUUGAACUCCAUGCUGCAGGCAAAGGUGAUGCGGGUUUCAAAAUGGUUUGGGCAGUGGAUAAAAUAUGAGGGGUGGGACUGUGUAUAUGAUUUAACGUGGACAAAUCUGCCCCGGGAAGAGUGGCCAGUGGAUGGAAAGGCACAUGAGCCAGGGGUUUGUUGUUCCUGGGAGAUGGCAUGC